CAACUUAAAAUGAAACAAAAACAGCUGAAAUGGAGAAAAAUAAGUUAUGCCAAACGUCUUACAUAUCAUAUUUAAUGAGUGGCUCGAUCCUACACAAAUUUCUUGGCUAUCAAAUUUCCAAGAAUCUUUUUCCAGUAAAUAUGAUCACGUCAUUGUUGUCUAGCCAAAUGUUGCACCCUGCCCUUAAAUAGAAGCACCCUCUCUUACUCUUAAUCUCAGAACACAUUUCAUUUCUUCAUUCCAAGAAACCAUUCAUCAAACAAUGAAAGACUCCAUAGUUCUAUACCCAGCAUUAGGGAGGGGACACCUAGUUUCCAUGGUGGAGCUAGGCAAACUCAUACUAACCCACCAACCUUCACUUUCCAUCACAAUACUCAUCCUCACUCCACCCUCCAACACCCCUUCGACACCCAAGGGUUGUGACUCCACCUCCCAAUAUAUCGCUGCCGUCACCGCCGCGACACCCUCCAUCACCUUCCACCACCUCCCUCCCACUCAAAUCCCCACCAUUCUCCCACCCCACAUCCUCUCCCUCGAACUCUCCCGCUCCAGCAACCACCACCUCCCCCACGUCAUCACCUCCCUCUCCAAAACACUAACCCUAAAAGCCAUAGUACUAGACUUCAUGAACUUCUGCGCCAAACAAGUCACUAACGCACUCAACAUCCCCACUUUCUUCUACUACACUUCCGGCGCUUCAUCUCUUGCAACCUUUCUCCAACUCCCAGUCAUUCACGAAACCACAACAAAAUCCAUCAAAGACCUCAACACGCAUUUAAGCAUCCCAGGGUUACCAAAAAUUGACCUUUUAGAUCUUCCGAAAGAAGUGCACGACCGUGCGAGUCAGAGUUAUAAACUAUUCCACGACAUAGCAACAUGCAUGAGGGACAGUGACGGGGUUAUUGUAAACACGUGUGACCCAAUUGAAGGGAGGGUUAUCAAAGCGUUGAGCGAGGGUUUGUGUUUGCCAGAAGGGAUGACUAGCCCGCACGUGUUCUGCAUAGGGCCAGUGAUUUCUGCCACGUGCGGGGAGAAGGACCUGAACGGGUGUCUGAGUUGGCUCGACUCGCAGCCGAGUCAGAGCGUCGUGUUGCUGAGUUUCGGAAGCCUCGGAAGGUUUUCUAGGGCUCAGGUGAAGGAGAUGGCUGUUGGGUUGGAGAAGAGUGAACAAAGGUUUUUGUGGGUUUUGCGGAGCGAGUUGGUCGGGGUUGACUCGGUGGAACCGAGUUUGGACGAGUUGUUGCCGGAGGGGUUUGUGGAGAGAACGAAGGGGAGGGGGAUGGUGGUGAGGAACUGGGCCCCACAGGUGAGGAUACUGAGUCAUGACUCGGUGGGUGGGUUCGUGACUCACUGCGGGUGGAACUCGGUGUUGGAAGCGGUGUGUGAAGGGGUGCCAAUGGUGGCGUGGCCACUCUACGCGGAGCAGAGGCUGAAUAGGGUGAUAAUGGUGCAGGACAUGAAGGUGGCUUUGGCGGUCAAUGAGGACAAAGAUGGGUUCGUGAGUGGGACCGAGUUGCGGGACCGAGUUAGGGAACUCAUGGACUCGAUGAAGGGAAAAGAGAUUAGACAGAGGGUUUUUGAGAUGAAAAUAGGUGCAAAGAAAGCGAAAGCAGAAGAAGGGUCUUCACUUGUUGCGUUCCAAAGGUUGGUUCAGUUAUGGAACCAAUAGUGAUUGAUGAUUAGGUGUUAAAUUAUGGUACAGAGCUUAACCCCAUGUAAUACUCGUCUUUUCUUUACUUUUGUA